UUACACCAAAGACUAUUGGAUACUCGAUCAAAAAAGGAGCUUUAUACAUAUGGCAUCACGAUUAAUGGUAAUCAGAUCCAACUAUCAGCUCUCCAAUUGUCAGAUACAGGCGAGUAUAGUUAUUAUCUAAUAUAUAAUAGCUUCUUGCCCACAGCUAAAGAAACUUAUGUAUUUAUGGAAGAGACAUUGACGACAAUGAUCCAAUUUGUAGGAUUUAUGGAAAAUUCGUUGCUCAGUCCAGAAGAGAUGUGCGAUGAACUUAUUUUACCUGACUAUUCUUCUUCCUUGAAGCCAACUGUAUAUAUGGUAACAAAGGAAAAGGCAAUAUAA